GAGCGGGCUGAGCGUGGCCUCCAGCGGCCUGGAGCUGCUGGUGCUCAAAGGAAAAGCGUCCCCAGAAGUGAAGUCCGAAGCCAAAGCUGCCCUGAACCAAGCCCUUGAAAUGAAGCGUCAGGGAAAGCGGGAGAAGGCCCACAAACUCUUUGUCUAUGCCCUCAAAAUAGAUCCCGAUUACGUGGAUGCCCUGAAUGAAUUUGGCAUCUUUUCUGAAGAGGAGAAGGACAUUCUGCAGGCAGACUAUUUGUACUCCAAAGCGCUGACCAUUUCCCCUUGCAACGAGAAGGCUUUGAUCAAUCGGGACCGAACUCUGCCCUUAGUUGAAGAGAUAGACCAGAGGUACUUCAGCAUUAUCGACAGCAAGGUCAAAAAAGUGAUGGCAAUCCCCAAAGGCAAUUCCGCCCUGCGGCGAGUGAUGGAGGAGUCCUAUUACCACCACAUUUACCAYACGGUCGCUAUCGAGGGGAACACGCUGACGCUGUCGGAGAUACGGCACAUCCUCGAGACGAGGUACGCGGUGCCCGGCAAGAGCCUGGUGGAGCAGAACGAGGUCAUCGGCAUGCACGCCGCCCUCAAGUACAUGAACACCACGCUCGUGUCGCGCAUCGGCUCCGUGACCAUCAGCGACAUCCUGGAGAUCCACCGGCGCGUGCUGGGCUACGCCGACCCCGUGGAGGCCGGCAGGUUCCGCGCCACGCAGGUCUUCGUGGGCCACCACAUCCCGCCGCACCCGCAGGACGUGCAGAAGCAGAUGCAGGAGUUCGUGCAGUGGCUGAACUCCGAGGACGCCAUGAGCUUGCACCCCGUGGAAUUUGCCGCGCUCACCCACUACAAGCUGGUCUACAUCCACCCCUUUGUGGACGGCAACGGGAGGACCUCGCGCCUCUUGAUGAACCUCAUCCUGAUGCAGGCGGGCUACCCGCCCAUCACCAUCCGCAAGGAGCAGCGGGCCGAGUACUACCACGUCUUGGAAGUGGCCAACGAGGGCGACGUGAGGCCCUUCAUCCGCUUCAUCGCUCAGUGCACGGAGACCACGCUGGACAUGCUGCUCAUCGCCACCACGGAAUACUCGGUGGGGCUGCCCGAGGCCGGCGGCCCCACCGCGCGCGGGCCCACCAUCCCCGUCACGACCUGAGCGCGCGGGACGCCCCGCAACCGGACCCACGUGUAGGACAGAAAGCCCCGCAGGGCUCCUGCCGGGAAAUGACUCCGCAGGAGGUGUCACUUGCUAGCGUUGCGUUUAUUUAAAGUCUCUUACGUUUGAUUAAUUUAAUGUAAUUUAUUUAUAUAUAUUACGCCAAGCUGACACGUGAAUUGUUGAUGUUGAGUGUGAGCUGUAACUUGCCUGCGCUCCUGGACAGAGAUGGGAAGCGGGAGGGCAGCAAAUUGCAGAGGUUACUCAACAAGCUGCAGCAGAAAUCAUUUYCUUUCUCCUUAAACUUCAGUUGUGAGAAGCCACUUUGAUCACAGCCCUUGACCUGGCCUGUGGACUUGUCUCACCCCACGAGGCAGCUGCUGGGCGAGACUGCCUUGACUUUUGUUACCCCUUCCCUUGCACCUCCAUCACGGUCCUAGCCCUGUUAAUCAGACUGUGCCUCUUCGCUCAUACAAAUUUGCCCUCCUUUUAUUUAUUACCGCUAGUGAAGGAAACUAAUUUCAGGUCAACAAGGGCAUUUUCCCCUUUGCUUUCUGUUUUUAGUAGCACUUUGCAUGUUCACUUUCAGUCGCCUUCCUGGGGCAGGUUUGUGCAACACGUGGGAAAUCCUUGGUGUAGGAUGACACAGCGGCUGUGAAGAAAGGCUCCGUGGCUCCUUAUUCAACUGGAAGCUGCUUCUGCUGUGCCCGAGAGCAGGAGCAGCUCCACCAAGGCUCGCCUCGCCAAGCCACAGCCUGGGAAACUGCAACUCUCUCCACUCAGUUCAUCAAGGGUUUGAAGAACAGCUCGUUUCUGCAACACUGGGGGCAGAAAUUGUUAUAGCUGACUAGGAAACAACCCUUAUCGGCCUUACCCUCUCACUCAAGAUUUGUAGAGCAAGUUCUCUACAUCCUAAAAACUUACACGGCUGCCAAAGUCUUUUAGCUCCUUCCCUCUGCACAAGAGAAGUUUGAGCAGCGACUUCAGUAAUGAGUGGUUCACGGCGUUAGGGCGAUGCAUGUUUAAAGCAUCGCACAGGGCUUCUUUGUGCUGCAGCAGUUGUUGAUGGAGCUGGAAGCUGCUGUCCAGCUCAAUGGGGGGAAAAAAAACCAUGCAGCACUAAAGAUCCUGUCUGGACACGUGAGUUAUCUUUGCUUUUGCUUGAAGGGUAAAAGCACCUGCAAUCUAAUUUUCUCUUCUACAGAUGAGAAGCUCUCUGGACCCUGCCCAUUAAUUCUGAAUGUGUCAGACCCCAGCAUCCACUCUGGACUGCACCUCAGAGCUUUGUGACCUCAGUGCUGAUAAGCCYAAGUGCUUUGCAGAAAAGCCUGAGGUGUUACACUGUCCUGUGCCAGUAUCAUUUCCUCCACUU